CGGCACAGUCGCCGGAUAUCGUCAGUAUCGGUUAGACGCGCAACCCUCGACAUGUUUCGCCGGCGUGCCGCGACUUUCGUCCUUCUCGUCGCGCACAUUUUCCCAUCCGCGCUGCUGUCAUACGCGCCGAUGUCUUCGGAUUUCACGGGUCCGUCUUUCCUGCUGGAACCACCGGGCAAGUACGAGUUCUCCAACACGACGGGCGCGUGGAUCGACUGCACCGCGGCUGGAAAUCCGGCGCCGCACAUCCGGUGGCUAACGGCUGACGGAACGCCCGUGUCAGACGUACCGUCCCUGCGGCAGGACAUGUCCAACGGCACGCUAGCCCUGCUGCCCUUCACGCCGGCCAUGUACAGGCAGGACGUGCACAGCGCGGUAUAUCGGUGCCUGGCCACCAACGACGUCGGAGCGAUCGUCAGCCGCGACGUGCACGUCAGAGCUGUUGUGGCUCAAGAUUUCAACCUCGAAGUUCGAGUGGUAAAUGGAGGAUCAGCUAAAGGAUGCACGGCUGUUUUGGAAUGCGUCACACCAACGUUCAUGAAAGACUUAGUCAAAGUCGUAUCUUGGCUUCAAGAACCAGGAUUCUAUAUAUAUCCGUCUUUACAAGGAGAUGGUAAAUACCACGCAAUGCACACAGGUGAGCUGUUGGUGCACAAUCUGGAGUCUAGCGAUCAAUUCUCGUCGUACACGUGCCAAAUGAUGCACACCUUGACCAGAAAAGUGACAACCAGCUCGCCGGCCAACAUAGUCGUACACGAAGCCGCGGGGAACGAGAUGGUCGAAAUCGUCGCGCACAAGAAUUCGGUGCGAGUUGCCCAGGACGAAGGUGCCGUGCUCACUUGCAUCACUAUCGGAUGUCCGCACCCUCAUUUCAGGUGGUAUCACGUGCUGGACGAUAACGAGCCGACGCUGCUGGAAACCGGUUCGGGGACCAGGGUACUUGGCCAAGUUCUGUCCAUCGAGGCGGUUAGACCCGAAGACUCGGGUACCUACCGGUGCUCGGCCAGUAACGACGCGGGUCAGACGAGCGCGGACAUCAAGCUGGACGUGGUCGUGCCGCUCCGAGUGCAGAUCAACCCGACGUCGGCGACGGUCAGCCUCAACGGGCAGACGGAACUGCGGUGUAUGACAUCUUCGUCCAGUGACGGGCCGCAUUCGAUCACGUGGUACAAGGAUGGCAGAGUGAUGGCUGGCAGGGCGCAACGGGACGUGCUGCGACUGGUGUCGGUCAGCCGGUCCGAUUGCGGCAUCUACCAGUGUCUGGUGCGCAGGGGCGACGGGGAGACGGCGCAGAGUGCGGCCACCGUGCGAUUGGGCGAUGCUCCACCGAUUAUGGAGUACACGUUCAUUGAGCAAACAUUGCAACCGGGUCCAACCGUAUCUUUAAAGUGCAGUGCGUCUGGAAAUCCUACACCGUCGAUGGCUUGGUCUCUGGAUGGGUUUAAAUUACCAGAUCAUCCUAGGUAUUUGAUUGGACAAUAUGUCACGUUGCAUGGUGAUAUCGUUAGUCAUUUGAAUAUUUCACAAGUGUCGGUAGAAGAUGGAGGUGAAUACACAUGUACAGCCAAUAACCGAGCGGGAACUUCUUCACACUCCGCCAGGCUUAAUAUUUAUGGUGACCCGUACGUGAGGCCAAUGAAUAAGAUCACAGCGGUGGCCGGAGAGAACAUGCGAAUAAAAUGUCCAGUGGCUGGAUAUCCCAUCAACGAGAUCCGAUGGGAAAAAGAUGGUAAAGAGUUGCCAGAAGACUUGAGGCAGAAGACCGACUUACAGCUGGGAGUGCUCACCGUGAUGUCCGUGCAGAAGGGCGUGGACUCGGGAUCUUACACGUGCGUGGCUAACAACAAGCACGGACAUUCUGCCAAAAGGACGACCACGGUCGACGUGAUCGUACCUCCCGUAAUUGAGCCUUUUAAUUUCCCCGGCGACGGGCUGGUAGAAGGCACGCGGACGAGGGUCGUGUGCGGCGUGAGCCACGGCGAUCCUCCGCUGAGCAUCGCGUGGCUCAAAGACGGCGCGCCCGUCCUGCUGCAGGACGAAGGCGAGGACCUGUCGGCCGCCGCCACUGCCGAUAACGGCGUCAGUGGCGGCGGCGAUGGUGCCGUGGUCGUCACCACGCUUGACCCGUACUCCAGUUUGCUCAGCAUUCCCAGGCUCACGCGACACCACACCGGCCGGUAUACCUGCCAGGCCCAAAACCCCGCGGCCCAGGUUAGGUACACGGCCGCGCUACUAGUCAAAGUGCCACCAAAAUGGACCAUCGAACCAGCGGAUGUGGACAUCGAAAGGAACCGACAGUUAAUUAUCGAUUGCCAAGCUGACGGCGUGCCCAAACCCACAAUUGUAUGGAAAAAAGCUACUGGAAGUAAAUCCGGUGACUAUGAAGAGCUGAAGGAAAAAAUACACACGAAAGUACUCAGCAAUCACUCGCUGUUGCUGCAAAACGUCAAAGAAGACAAACAAGGGUAUUAUCUCUGUCAGGCCUCCAACGGCAUAGGAAACGCGAUCGGAAAAGUGAUCCAAGUCAACGUUAAAUCCUCUCCGUUGUUUUCCUCGAUGACGAGAACGGUUUCCACUAAAGAAGGAGACACGGCUACUUUACAAUGCAACGUGACGGGUGACCAUCCGAUCGAAGUAAAAUGGUUCAAAAACGGCAAAUCUGAUACGAUGACGACCAACAAAUUCCGGCUCACAGAACGACAGCAGACGUUCGGCGAGAAAGUGAUCGCGUCGCUGCAGAUCAACAACGUGCAGGUGGACGACGGCGGUUCGUACGUGUGCCAGGCGAGCAACGUGUACGGCAGAGACCAGCAGCUAGUGCAGUUGCACGUACAAGAGCCACCGAACCGGCCGAACGACCUGAGGGUGAUCGCUGUAACCAGCACGUCAAUCAACGUGCAGUGGGACCACAACGGUGAUCAGACUUCCAAGUACAUAGUGCAGCACAAGAAGUCCGACGGCUGGUGGGAUCCCACGGAAGUCAUAGGAAACGUUCGCAUGGCACUCGUGACCGGUCUGCAGCCAGCUACCAGGUACCUCUUGCGAGUGAUCGCUGCCGGAGACGCGGGCUGGAGCGCUCCCAGUGAAGAUUUAACGGCCAUCACCAACCCUGAACGACCCAGUGGACCACCGACAAGGGUGGAAGUGCGCUCGCUCUCGUCCACGCAGCUGUUGGUCACCUGGUCACCGCCGCAAAAGGACCACAGGAACGGCAUGGUGUUGGGCUACAACGUCGGUAUCGAAGAAGCCAGCAUGGAACUAAUGGCUCCUAACAUGACUACGGUUUACGGUGAUGGAGAAGACGGAGGCGAACUAAUACUGGCGGAUUUGAUCAAGUUCAAAAGAUAUUCCGUAGUGGUACAGGCGUUCAAUGAAGUUGGUAACGGCCCACUAUCCGAACCGACUACAGCCCAAACAAUGGAAGAUGUGCCGUCCAGUCACCCGCUCGACGUGCAUUGUUUGCCUUUAGGCUCGCAAACGUUACAGAUGUCUUGGAAACACCCGGAGCCGCAACACUGGAACGGAGUAAUACAAGGAUACGUGGUCACCUACGAUUCUAUAGAUAGAGACGACGAUAUUGAAAUCGGCAGCCGGAGAACGUCGUCGUUGACCAUCGUCUUGACUGGACUCCACAAGUACACCAACUACACAUUAAAAGUCGCGGCCUACACGCGAAUCGGAACCGGAGAGAACUCGGAAUCAAUCACGUGCUGCACUGACCAAGACGCACCCGGACCCCCGGAGGACAUCAAAACUGCCGUUUCGUCUGCACAAUCGUUUACAGUCGCAUGGUCACCCCCCAAAUAUUCCAACGGUGUUCUGCUACGGUACAAUCUGUACACCAGAGUCAUGAACGGUGAAGAAGAAUUAAACCACAUGAAACGAACGUUGCCGAGUCAUCAUUUGACGUACGAGGCCAAAGGAUUGCAACCGCACUUAGAAUAUCAGUUUUGGGUGACGGCUUCUACAAAAAUAGGUGAAGGUCAAAGCUCAAAGGUAGCAACGCAAAUACUCUCUUCGUCCAGAACAGUCCCGGCGAAAAUCGUUUCUUUCGGCGGUCUAAUCGAAAGGCCCUGGAGGACAUACUUAAGACUGCCGUGUGUUGCGGUAGGACAACCGGCUGUCCAGAAGCAGUGGCUAAAGAGCUUCAGAGCCAUUCAGUCGUGGGACGGUAAUGCACAGGUAACGAAAAACGGAGAUAUGACGAUCACGUCUCUCCAUCGUUCCCACAGCGACAACUACACGUGUCACGUGGAGAACAUACACGGAGCCGACUCGAUAAUCUAUCGGAUAAUCGUUCAAGUGCCUCCGGAACCGCCGAUCUUGUACACGGCGCGUGCGACUAGCUCGAGUCUCGUGUUCCACUGGCGGCUCUCAUCCAACGGCGACGCACCGAUCACGGGCUACACGAUGACGUACCACGUGCACCCCAGAGGCCCGUACAAACAAGUGACGAUCCCGAGGCACACCACGUCGUACUACCUGAACGGCUUGACAUGCGGCCAAACGUACCAAGCACACAUCAUAGCCAACAACAAGAUCGGCAGCUCUACGCCGAGCGCCGCGGUCACCGCCAGAACCAAAGGCAACAAGCCCGGCGUCCCGAAAAAGUCGUUGUUCAUGAGACCAAAUUCCACGUACCUUAGGUUGAACUUGGAGGCCUGGCCGGACAACGACUGUCCCAUCACGAAGUUCGUUAUCAGGCACCGACCGAUGCUACAGCCACACUGGACCACCUCCGCCGAUAACCUGAGGAACCAACGAAAGUUUACGAUCAUAGGACUGAUGCCCGCCACCGAAUAUCAAGUCCAAGUGGAAGGACACAACGCCGCCGGGUCCACGUUGGCCGAUUAUUACUUUUUCACGUUAACGGAAAACGGAGAGGAACCGCCACCGGAACUAGUCGAGACGAGUCGAAUCUCCCAACCGUUUUAUUAUAUGGACAUGAAGACUGCGAUUCCCGUGCUUGGAACUUGUGUGGUUGUUCUAGUGGUCGUCUGCACGGCUUUUGUUUGCUUGAAAAGAAAACGGGAAAGUGUUCCGCAAAACACUAGAGACACGCACGACCGAAGGAGCACGGAGAAUCAAAAGUAUUACGCGACCAUACACAAAGUGGGACUGACGAGCUCCGAAAAAAUUCCAGAGACUUCAGCCGACAUAUCACCAUACGCAACGUUUCCGAUAGACGAAACGCAACACGGGUCCAUGCCCAUGCUGCACAACCUCACUUUACGUCAGCAAUCCAUACACGAAAACUACGCGUCUUCCUCGCACCCAUCAAAGAUGUUCAAAAAUAGACAUGACAGAUCAUCUCAAGAUUUAUACGAAAAACAUUCCACGCACAUGGAUGAUUCGGACUCGGACGUUGAACAAAUGACGUCAAGUAGGAUUGAAUCAUCCAAUCAUCUGAACAAAACAAAACUUACAAGUUUCAUAUAUAGCCGGGCACAGUCUAGCACUUCAUCAGACUUGUCUCCACCGCCAAAUGAUCAAAAAUCACUGCCAAGACGAACACAAACUAGGUGGUUUCCAACCAAUAGAUCUAAAAGAUCUUCCUCGAUGGCUGAUACAUCUUUGUUUCCUACAGCUAACACUCGACGAGCUGAGAUUGACAACUGCAACUCAGAUACACUAAAGAAACUUAACCUGGGAAAAUCGACAUUAUGGUCAAAACCUGUGUCUAAUAAUAACCCACAGAAGCAUUCAGAUUAUUCAAUAGCUGUUUAGAUUGGUUCACUUAAAAAUGAUAGAUUUGUUAAUACACUUUUUUUUUUUUAA